UGCCAUUAGAGCAGGGAAGAAAGUAAUAAGGAAAAACCGAACGAUUGAGGAUUUCUAAGCAGAAAGAAGAAAACGAAAGAAGAAAAACUCUACCAUGCGGACAUUUUAUAUCCUCAUGCUAUCACAGUAAGCAAGGACUUCGUUUUUAAAAGAUAUAACGGUACAAAUAACAUCGUUAUGGACCGCCUUCCUAACGGUAUUAGCAGACGGUCCUACUCGAGCGGUAGCCGCACAGAUUCGACUACGACUUUUCGUCAGUUUUCACCUUCUAGAAGAAUGUUCUGCCUGCUUACAGUAUUUGACUUCUUUUUUAUACUGGUAGCUUGGUUGAUAUAUGCAAAUGCUUUUAAUGGAUUAAACCUCUCACUAGAAAAGGAAGUCGCACAUUACAAAAUUGCGUCUUCUCUGUUUGAUAUUGUGCUGUUAUCAUUAUGGAGGAUGGUAGUGUUACUUCUUGUUUAUGCCUUGUUCCAUAGUAGAAAGUGGUAUGCUAUAGCAAUAACUACUUCUAUAAGCACUGGAUUCAUUAUUGCUAAAGUUGUUGAAUACAAUUUUAAAACAAACAAUCAUCAUCCAAUGGAUUAUGUUAGUAUCAUUGUCUCACUCUUCCUCUGCUGGGCUGAGACUCUGUUUCUUGACUUCAAGGUCUUUCCUUCAGAGUUAAAGGCUGAACAAAGAAUGUUGGCAGCAGGAAGUUUAGAUACGACAGCUGGUGAAAGAAGACCGCUGUUGGACGAGAAUCCAAGUUCUUACCACACCCGAACAUGGCUAACAGAGCAAUCAUCUUUCUACACUCCAUACGGAUCACCACCCAGUUCGAUUACAAGCGAGGAUGAAGGCGAAGAUGCUAACGCGCAAUUGUCAUCAGAGGACGUACACUUCAAAAGAAAAGCAAAAGAAAUAUUCGGCAUCGCUUGGGAUUUACUGACAGUUGAUAAGAAAUGGAAGCAUGAAAAAAACAAGGAUGGUAUAAUCGUGGAAAGUUGUAUUCUCAAGGAUACAGGAAAAAUGUUUAAAGUUCAGUGUUCCAUAGAUGCACCACCUUCAGUUGUCUUUUCCCUGAUAGUAUUACGUGUAGAAGACGGACCAAAGUGGAACAGCUCAGUCGCAGAAUCUAGAGUUUUACAUAAGAUUGAUAAUCAUACUGAUAUAUGUUAUAACGUUACGACAGACCAAGCUGGUGGAAUGGUGUCAAGUAGGGACUUUGUUAACUUGCGUCACUGGCAAAAGAGAGGCAAGGCGUAUUUUUCGUGUAAUGCAAGCGUCGAGUAUCAGGACAUGCCACCUGUCAACGAGCACAUUAGAGGUGAGAAUCAUCCAGGUGGGUGGCUGUUUGCUGAAAAUGAAGGCCAUCACGACCAAACAGAUUUUGUAAUGUUGGUAAACACGGACCUUAAGGGAUGGUUACCUCAAUACCUUAUUGAUCAAGCCAUGACAGGAGUCUUGUUUGGAACAGCUGAUUGUCUACGUAAUUACGUCCAUUCUCAGAAGUAAAGCAAGGCGAGUGUGCCAUAAUUGUGCAGAUAGGUGCUGAAUGCAGCAUUGCGCCUGACAUCUUGCAUGUCAGAAUGUCUCAUAGAGGUAAACGCAUGGAGCAUAUUUGUUAUUGAUGAAGAAAUCAUCAUGCGCAAUGAAUCUUCGCGUUAAAAGGAGUUAGAGUAUAGAGCUAGAAAUGCAACUGAUAUUCAGGUACGGUUAACUCAGUCAAGUUAGAAUUCAAUGUGCUUUUCUUUAUUAUGUUUUUGUUAUAUUAAUUGUGGUUAGAUUUUUAAAAUGUGCUUAACACUUGACAUAUUAGUUACAUUUAGUUGUGUCUCUGGUUGAGGUCCGUGAAAAUUUCAGAAGGAUUGGUCAAGGAUGGAGAUCCAAAAAAGGGUAGCAAAAUGACUGGGUAUAUAGGGACUGCUAAAAAAUCAUUCCAUAAUUCACAGACACCGGCAAAAAAUUACAGGAAAGUCCAAACUGAGAAACAAAAAUAGGCAUCCUCACAGAAAUAUGAAUAGUUAAUGAAAAUUUAGCCUUUUGUACGAAUAGGUAACGUGACUCGCAACCCCUUAAAUCAAAACCAAAAAGUUAACAAAAAGUCCAAACUGAGAAACAAAAAUGGGCAUCCUCACAGGAAUAUGAAUAGUUUAUGAAAUAGCCUUUUGUAAUAAUAGGUCACGUGACUCACAACCCCCUUAAAUCAAUUACCCCAGCGUCAAAAUGAACUUCAAAAGCGAAAGAGCACUUUAAUAUUAGCCUUUCUGGUUGAGGAUGAGCAAAAAACUAGGUUAAGUUGCAGUGCAUUGUGGAACUAAUUUAGGGGACAUAUUUCCAAGAUGGCUUCUAUUUCCUCCUCUAAAACAGCCCCACAAUGCACUGCAAUGCCAACUUGACCCAGUUUCCUCAGUCAUGGUACUGCUAAUUAGUAAGAAAGCAAAGUUUCAGCUUAAAAUGUUUGACCAUAACUUGAAAAUUCUAAUAGAGGCUUUGCACCAUCACGUGAUGGCAGCCAUGACACGAGGCACAACAAUGGAGUAUUUAUCUAGGAAACUGAAUCCUUUUUCAUGUAAAUCAGAUUAGACCAGAUUGAAUUGUUCCUGCCUCCUGUCAUAGCUGCCAUCACGUGAUGGUGCAAAGCCUCUAUAGGAUGCGUUUGGGAAAAAUAUACUGGACAGCAAUCUGGUGCUGUCCAUUGCAUUUUUCCGCACAAAUUCUUUAAAAAAAUAUAUAUUUAAUCUCAUACUUUAUGCCAUUUCUCCUAUGUCACAUAGUAUGAGCUGAAACUUCUUACCAAUAUCAAGACGCUUUCUUAUUUUUUUGGAGUUCAUUUUGACACUGGUGUUUGAUUUAAGGGGGUUGUGGUCAUGUGACCUAUUAGAGCAAUUAUAAUUUUACAAAUGUACAAACGAUGGUGAAUUUUAGUUUUUGUUUUUUUAAUUUAUUUUUUUAAUGUAAUGCACCAAUAUUUAUUCCCUUCUUAUAACUUGUAUUACUGUACUACUGUAUUACUGAUUCAUUAAUUUAUCUUCAAAGAAAACAGAUCUAAAUUAUUUUUAUUUGAUUAUCAAUAAUAAUUAUAAUCUUCAUUGCAUAAAAUCAAUAAUCUUUUGAAUAUUUUAAAACACAUUGAAAUAUCUUACGUCUAAAAUUGACCCUGGCAAGUCAUGCCAAAGACAUAUUUGGUCAGCAGUAAAAGGGUUUAGGUUCAACCUAGUGCUGGGGGUAGGUAACUCAUGUUUUAAUUUUUGGUCUUCCCUGUGGAAAGAAAAUGACAAAUUAAGACGGAAUAAGAUUACAUGGUUUAUCUGGAUAUGACUUCAUUUGUAUAUUGCACUUGGUAUUACUUAGAAAUUAUUCGCAGAAGGGUAAAUAAAAAGGCAGAAUUUCGGUGAAUAUUUACCAAGGCGUUGUCGCAGUAAAUAUUUACCAUGUUCACUGAGCCCAAGGUACGUAAAUCAUUAUCGGAGAAAAGACAAAAUUCAGGACUUAAAAAAACUUUUUAUUAUUACUGCUUUGGCAAACCUCAUAAUUUAUGACUCCAAUUUUUCUCAGUGGAAUUAAAAUCUUGUCCCACAAACAACUACACAGUACCAUUUCCAAAUAGUACUAUAAGGAUUACAAGGCAAAUUUAUUUUAUUUUCACAGGACAGUAAACAGUUAAAACCAUUUACAAUCAAUUUUCAACAAUCAGUGUUUUAAAUUUAGAGAUAUUAUUCCAGUUAAGUUGUUGAACUUGUGGGACAUAGCAACAGUAACUAAGGGGAGUCGGAACAAUGAAUCAAAGCUCGGCCAGUGAUUAUUGUCUAAUCAAUUUAUACAACUAAUGAUUAAUAUUAUCUAGGAUAGAGAUAGGAUAGAGAAUUACAAAUCAAGAUUUAGUAAAUGUUAAAAUACUGUGUAGUCUUAAAAUAAUAGUUUCAUUUAUAAUGAAUAGAAGUUUUAUCAAAGUUUAUAAAGAUUUUUAUUACACAUUAAAAUUGUGAUUUUACCACA